AUAGCAGACCCUAAACUGCCUGAUAGAAUGGUUCAGUCAGAAAAGACUAUAAGCUGUAGAACCAUACCUAGAAAGAAAUUUGCAAACUAUUCCGAUAGUCAAAAACAUUUGGCGAUUGAUGGUCGUAUUGGUCAGGAUUUGGGUAAGAAACCUAAAAAUAAUCCUGGUUGGGACAUUUUCGAUCACUAA